CGCCGCGCGACUCGCUGAAGCUCGCCUCGAUGGAGCCGCAGCCGCCUCUCGCCGCUCUGCUCGCCACGUGCCUCCUCCUCGUGUCCGCUCUCCCGUUGGGAGCUCGCGGUGCCGAUGGGCGCUUCGCUCACGCUUUGCUCCGCGCGCUCUUUGAGAAUUACUCGAGCGCCGUGCGGCCCGUGAGCGACACCAACAGCGCGCUCAACGUGACGCUUCAGAUUACGCUCUCCCAGAUCAUCGACAUGGACGAACGCAACCAGAUCCUGGCCGCGUACCUCUGGGUGCGACAGAUGUGGAGAGAUGCCUACUUGAGCUGGGACCGGGAGCAGUACGAUGGUCUCGACACGCUGAGGAUCCCCAGCAGCCUCGUGUGGAAACCAGACAUCGUGCUCUACAACAAUGCCGACGAUGAGUUCACGCGCUCCAUGGAGACCAACGUGGUCCUGCGGCACACGGGCGACAUCACGUGGGAUCAGCCGUCCAUCACCAGGAGCUCGUGCGGCGUGGACGUCUCCUAUUUCCCGUUCGAUGCGCAGCAGUGCCACCUGACGUUCGGCUCGUGGACCUACAAUGGGCACCAGGUGGACAUCUUCCCAGGCCCAGACAACGCCGAGCUGAAGGACUUUGUCGCAAACGUCGAAUGGGAGAUCCUGGGCAUGGCUGCACGGCGCAACGUCAUCGUGUACGGAUGUUGCUCGGAGCCGUACCCCGACAUCACCUACACCAUCACACUCAAGCGACGUUCUUCAUUCUACAUCUUCAACCUCCUCCUCCCGUGCCUCAUGAUCUCCUUCCUGGCACCCUUGGGUUUCUACCUACCCGCCGACUCAGGCGAGAAGGUGUCGCUGGGUGUCACUGUGCUGCUGGCGCUCACCGUCUUCCAGCUGCUGGUGGCCGAGAGCAUGCCACCGUCUGAGAACAUGCCGCUCAUCGGCAAAUACUACAUCGCCACUAUGAGCAUGAUCACGGCCUCCACGGCGCUCACCAUCUUCGUGAUGAACAUGCACCACUGCGGGCCCGAGGCGCGGCCCGUGCCCGCGUGGGCACGCGUGCUUGUGCUGCACUACCUGGCGCGAGCCUUCUUCGUCUACGAGGUCGGGGAGAACUGCCGCACGGCGCGGCUGCGCGCCGCCACCCCGGCCACCGCCGCGACACCGCUCGACACCAAGGAGUGGGAGGACGAGGCGCCGGGACCCCUCGACGCCGCCACCACCGCCGCCGGCCGCUGCCGCCGUUGCUGCUGCUGCUGUUGCUGCGCGGGCCCGCGGGGGGGACGCGUGGCCAGGGACGUGGCCUCUAUCGCGGCGUUCGUGCGCGAGGCGCGCGCCGCGCACGAGCUGAGCAGCGAGUGGAAGAAGGUGGCCAAGGUGAUGGACCGCGUGUUCAUGUGGAUCUUCUUCCUGCUCGUCUUCUGUAUGAGCCUGCUCAUCGCUGGCAAGGCCAUGUGAGGCGGUCACAGGAACGGGGUUAGGGGCAGGGGGAGUAAUCUGGUCCAGGAUUCCUCGUCUCGAGUUCUACGCCGCAAUCACGAUGCCCAGGCAAUGUGCCACGGAAAUGGCGACGUGGUGAUUUGCAUCACGGUGGACGUCACAGAUGCUGUGACGUAAUUCGAAAAAGAGUAGGCCAUGUGUGCCGGCAUCAUCGUGAAAUUUACCAAUAUUGCUAAAUUAUUUUAAAAUAAAACUUAAUUGGAAUAACAGCGAGCAACUGCUUUACCUUGUACCACACAGACAGCUGUCAUCAAGGGUCCCCUAUGCCAAUGCUUCGCAACCGGUAUGCUGCAGAACAAUCCCAGAUGUGCCACGGUAUUUAGAAUUGAUCGGCAGGCACAGACAAUGAAACAAACACUACAGACAUGAACGUAAAACAAUGAAACGGAGGCACGUUGAAAUUAAAAAAAUUAAGACAGUUAAAUUAUCCAUAAGAGGUUUCUUUUUUUGGAUCUACCCUAAAAAACACUCUAUUAUGGAUGAUAUUGGUCGCGAAAGCCUACGUGUUAAACAUUUUAAUUAAACAAUUAUCAGACACAUAGACACAGAUCUAUACAAUUAGACAGACACACAGCCACUGAAAUGAAACCGUGAAUAGACGGCCAUCCUAACAACCACCAAUUAAACAAAGACACACACGCGCACAGACUGACAGACACACACACACUGAACACACGACUCCACUCCGCGAGUUGUCUGAGCUGGGUGCCCCCCCCCCCCAGACCCCCCACCCCGGGUGCGAGAUUAAACCCGGGAGUCGCGUGUCUGGGAACAUGCGGUGAUCGAGGGGAGAUCCACACACACAUGACGCGACAUUCCACAUUUCCAUGACGGCACAAAGUCCGUCCGAAGCGGCGUGUCACUUGAGAAAGAAACGUCCGCACACACACACACACCAUCAUUAUCAGCUGUAAUCAAUCCACUGAUGGAUACAGGGCCCACAGUGGUGCGUUUGUUGGUUCGGCGUUCCACAACGAGAAAUCAGUCUUGACGGUGAGCGUGAGUGGCGGGGAGUGAACAAGGUUUAGAAGCAAUGCCCUAGGCUACACAAAGAAGAGAGCUGGGACAUUGGAAUGAUCGAGAUGAGAUGCGAUGUAACGCGCCUUGAGACGCUGGGUCAUUUUAAGCGAGCGCCCAAUAAAUGCAAAUCAUUUC